CUUUAGGGCACAAAGAGAGACGCACAUCUUCAACAACAACAAAAAAAAAAAAAGUAAGCAAGCAAAAUUUGGCGGCUAAAUCAAUCGCUUCUACUGGUGUACAGUUUGAGAAUUCGGGUUUCUAGGUCGUUGGAUGAAGCUGGAUUUCAAAAUCUGGGUUUAGUUGAAAAAGAUGGGGUCAGAAUCAGAUCAAUGUUCUUCCAGAUUGAACACUCUCGGGAUCAAAUCUCUAAUUUACCAGAAACUCGGGCAUUCAAGAGCAAACACUUACUUCGACCACCUCGGACAAUUCCUCACCUCGAGGAUAAGCAAGUCCGAGUACGAUAAGCUUUGCAUCAAGACCAUCGGUAGACAACAUGUCCCUCUUCACAAUCGUCUCCUACGUUCCAUUCUCAAGAAUGCAACUAUCGCGAAAUCUCCUCCACCUAGAUACCUCAAGAGAUCUGCACUUCCUCCAUCCCCACGAAAAUGCAGGUCCAGGAACUUUAGAGACCGGCCGAGUCCUCUUGGUCCACUUGGGAAGCCCCAAAGCAUCACUACAACGAAUGAUGAGUCAAUGUCGAAGCUUCUGAAACUUCCUAUGGAAGUUGCUUUUGUUGAAGAAGGAGAAGAGGUUGAACAAAGCAUACAGAGUAGAAGCCCCUUAACCAUGCCACUCGGUGUUUCGUUAACAGGAGCUAGAAUGUCUAUUUGCAGAAACGGUGAGACUUGUCAGAACAGUGGCGAGUUACCUGAUACAAUGACGUUGAAGGGUGUGUUAGAGAGGAGACUUGAGAAGGAAGGGAUAAACUUAUCGAUGGACUCUGCUAAAGUUUUGAAUAGUGGGUUGGAUGCGUUUAUUACAAGGCUGAUAAAGCCUUGUUUGAGUUUGGUCCAACGGCAGCAAGUGUCGAUGAUGGAUCUUCGUGCUGCUAUGGAGUUGAAUCCACGUGUUCUUGGAGAGGAUUGGCCUGUACAUCUAGAGAAAAUCUGUUCUCGUGUGUCGUCGGAGUAGUAAAGUUGUCAAGACACCGUUAUAUAGCGAUUUUGGACAUCUGAAACUGUUAAUCAUAUUUGAUUGAUCUAUUCUUUUCCUGAAAUUUGGAUAAAUUGCCAUUAGAAUGUUCUUGAGGAAGCUUUGAAGGGGAAACAAAGAGGCUUCAGGUUGUACAAGUUGUGAUAGUUAAGUAUAAUAUAUAUAUAGUUUAAACACC